AGAAGACCCGUUCAACGUUCCAAGUGUGGAUUCCGGAGGUUUUGGUGGUUAUUUGAAGACAUCUUCGAUCGUCGCGGCGAUGGAGAAUCAGGCGCAAGCAGAAGCACUCCCGCCUCCUCCCGACAGCCCCGAUCCCAUGCCUUCGAGCAAGCCCGUCCGCGUCUACGCCGACGGCAUCUACGAUCUCUUCCACUUCGGCCACGCCCGCGCUCUCGAGCAAGCCAAGAAAUCGUUUCCAAAUACUUAUCUGCUCGUCGGAUGUUGCAACGAUGAAAUCACCCACAAGUUCAAGGGCAAGACCGUCAUGACGGCAGAGGAGCGCUACGAAUCGCUUCGUCAUUGCAAAUGGGUAGAUGAAGUUAUUCCUGACGCUCCUUGGGUGGUCACGAAAGAAUUUCUUGACAAGCACAACAUCGAUUUCGUAGCCCAUGACGCUCUUCCUUAUGCUGAUGCCAGUGGAGCUGGAAACGACGUAUAUGAAUUUGUCAAAGCUAUUGGGAAAUUCAAAGAAACCAAGCGCACUGAAGGGAUUUCUACUUCAGACAUCAUAAUGAGGAUCGUCAAAGACUACAACCAGUAUGUGAUGCGGAACUUGGACAGGGGUUAUUCAAGAAAAGAUCUUGGUGUUAGCUAUGUGAAGGAAAAGCGACUGCGGGUGAAUAUGAGACUAAAGAAGCUACAUGAAAAAGUGAGGGAACAACAAGAGAGGAUUCAAACUGUGGCAAAAACUGCUGGCAUGCAUCGGAAUGAGUGGGUUGAAAAUGCGGAUCGCUGGGUUGCUGGAUUUCUCGAAAUGUUUGAAGAAGGUUGCCAUAAGAUGGGCACGGCCAUCAAGGAUCGGAUCCAAGAGAGCUUGAUGCUAUCGAGAGAUUCUGGAUACCUGUUGCAGAACGGGAAGGAUGAGGACGACGGCACCGGUGAAGAUGACGAGUACUUUGAUUACUAUGGACAGGAAGAGUAUGAUGAUAACGAUGAGUAUUACGAAGAGAAAGCAGAGGAAGUGCAGAGAAAGAGCUAAACGUCUCAACUGCCGAGUGCCAGGGAUUUUCCGUUUAGCUUUUGUGUGCUAUUUGUUCAUGGAGUGCAAUAUAUAGCAAGUGCGAGAUCAUAUACACUUAGAUGUAUCCGGUAUACCUUGUCCUUUUUGUUUAGUUUUAUGAAUUGAAGAUUUUACAUAUUAAUUAUU